UGCGCUCACCUCCUUUCCGCUUCCGGUGUCCCCUACAGUCAUGGCUGCCGCCGUUGCUGCUGCCGGUGCAGGGGAACCUCAGUCCCCAGACGAAUUGCUCCCGAAAGGCGACGCGGAGAAGCCUGAGGAGGAGCUGGAGGAGGACGACGAUGAGGAGCUAGAUGAGACCCUGUCGGAGAGACUAUGGGGCCUGACGGAGAUGUUUCCGGAGAGGGUCCGGUCCGCGGCCGGAGCCACUUUUGAUCUUUCCCUCUUUGUGGCUCAGAAAAUGUACAGGUUUUCCAGGGCAGCCUUGUGGAUUGGGACCACUUCCUUUAUGAUCCUGGUUCUUCCCGUUGUCUUUGAGACUGAGAAGUUGCAAAUGGAGCAACAGCAGCAACUGCAGCAGCGGCAGGUAAGCCCAGACCCUGGGCUUUUUGCCAGUGGUGGAGACGCAAGUUAUUUCACUAACACAUUGGUCCCCAACCUUUUUGGCACCAGGGACUGGUUUCAUGGAAGACAGUUUUUACAUGGACGGUGGGUUGGGGGUGGCGGGGGGUCGGGGGGCUUUCUGGAUGAUUCAAGUGCAUUACAUUUCUUGUGCACUGAAUUUCUAUUAUUACAUUGUAAUAUAUAGUGAAAUAAUUCUAUAAUGUAGAAUGAAUGGGAGCCCUGAGCUUGUUUUCCUGUAACUAGACAGUCCUGUCUGGGGGUGAUGGGAAACAGUGACAGAUCAUCAGGCAUUAGAUUCUCAUAAGGAGCUUGCAACCUAGAUCCCUCGCAUGCACUGUUCACAAGGGUUUGUGCUCCUAUGAGAAUCUUAACGCUGCUGCUGAUGUGACAGGAGGUGGAGCUCAGGCAGUAAUGUGAGUGAUGGUGAACAGCAGUAAACACAGAUGAAGGUUCUCUCACUUGCCUGCUGCUGAUCUCCUGCUGUGUGGCUCGGCUCCUAACAGGCCAUGGGCCAGUGCCAGUCCACAGCCCAGGGGUUGAGGACUCUUGUUGUAGCACCUGAGUUGACCAACAGUUAAUGUGUGGGUGGGGAUUGGGAUCGGGCCCAUGCUCUGUUAGGUGUCUGACCGUGCUUUCAGUAUUAUUUUUGUAGACGUUGGCCCCAUCAGGUAUGGUGAGAAUAAGCUCUCUAGGCCUGUAUGAUGCCUUACGCCCCUCCUUUUCUUUUCCAGAUACUUCUAGGGCCUAACACAGGGCUCUCAGGAGGAAUGCCAGGGGCUCUACCCUCACUUCCUGGCAAGAUCUAGAUUGUUAUUGCUGUUUGAGCUGUCUCGGUGGGAUAAGUUUGAAAUUCAAGUGUUUGAACUGCUGAUUAUUUGGAUUUUUUUUUUUUUUUAACUUUGGCACAUUGAUCUAUCUAAACCUGGUGGGGAGAAUUAUCCCCACAUUGUCUCAUGGAAAGACUCAACUUGCAGCUGUGCCCUCCACACUAUCCUUACUUCUGUCUUCACUCUGAUACCAGAGUGCAGCCAUGCAGACGGUUAUUCCAGCUUUGGUCACCCGACUCCUUUCACCAAAUUGCUCCUAACUGGAAGAUCUCACUUUCCCCUUGUGGGGUAGGAACCGAUGCCAGUGGGAGGGAUGUGCCCCUGACCAUUAAUGACUGCUUUUUUUUUUUUUUUUUUUUAAAGAAUGGAGUUGUUGGGGAGGGACAUGCACACAGUGUGAAACAGACAAAAUGCAUUACACCUGUAGUGUAAAGUGGCCACUAUGAAUCCCUAUGUAUGAGAGAAGGGAAGCUGGCUGCAGCUUCAGCCACAGAGUGGGAACUAUGGAAGACAGCAGGAGUUCAUUUCCUCUGCACAUUUUGGCUGUUAGACCUGUGUGUGUGUUUAAAAAAACAGAAGUCAGUGCUCACUUUUUGUAUUUAAAUAUUAAAAAUGAUUCCAACUGAAA